GACAGCUCAUUCAAAUCAGAAAUCGAGCUGCCUAUUGAGGCCUUUUCACAUUUUUUUUUUCGCAUACACUUGUAACUUGCUCUUAUAAACUCUUAUUUGUACCUCGCUCAAAGUAGUUUAUAUGUCUGGAAACCUUUCUUUCUCACCCCGUCUGGACCCGUGCAGCGCAAACGGGAGAUUUACAAUUCCAGAAUUAGAAAGUCAAAUCUGUGUGCCUCUUGGCCAGGGAGUUGGACUGCAGAAGUAGCAUAGUGUAUGCGAGAGCAUACCUAAUCAGGUGUCAUCGGCGUGUGACCACUCGGCAAGUGGAGACCCUCUUUUCGGGGCAGCCAGUGCUUCCAUUUGGAAUACAGCGUUACAGGUGCAUGCCUUUGUAAGGAGGCGAGAAGAAUCCUCGGAUGCAGACUCGGAGUCACCAUGAACUCAACACUACUGGAUAUGUUACGGGGACUGCCGGCGGAUCCCGUGCAUCUGCCCUUGCUUGGAUCACCUCUACCAGCGACUUUCAUUAUAUUUUUCUACUUGUUGCUAAUUUUCAAAGUGGGUCCUGACUUUAUGAAGUCCCGAAAACCCUAUAAUGUACGAACAGCCAUGCUAAUCUAUAAUCUCUGUCAGGUCUUAAUGAACUCUGGCAUUUUUAUAAUGGGCACCGAAUACCUUUUUGUGAGAAAACCGUAUAACUUCCGCUGCAUGGAUGUACUUCCGUCGGAUCAUCCGGAUAAAUAUGCCGAUCGGCUGUUUACCUAUUUCUACUUUCUCAACAAGGUGGCUGACCUGAUGGACACCGUAUUCUUCGUGCUGAGAAAGAGCUUCAAGCAGAUCACUGUACUGCACGUUUAUCAUCAUGCAUUAAUGGCUUUUGGGGUGCCCAUGACUUACUAUAUCUAUGGACCCGGAGGACAGUAUAACACGAUGGGUUAUCUGAACUCAUUCGUGCAAUUGGUCAUGUAUGCCUACUACUUUGUGGCUGCUUGGUAUCCUCAAGUGAAAAACAAAUUGUGGUGGAAGCAAUACAUUACCAAGUUGCAGAUCCUUCAAUUCGUGAUCCUCUUCGCCCAAGCUGUCCUGACAAUGUGGCUGAAUCCUGCUUGUACCUUUCCCAGGACCCUUCAAUUCCUACAGAUUGGAGUUUCGACCUCCAUGAUGGUCAUGUUCGGAAACUUUUACUAUCAAACAUAUCUCAAAGCCAAGAGCAAAAAACCAUGAGUUUUAAAUGAAUUA